AGCGCCUACAACCAUGACCCGGCCCGGCGUCCAUGGCUCCAUGGCUGAUCGAACACAGAGCUCCAAGGCGACCAAGGAGUCUGGCGAUUUCAGAGGCACAGCACGGAGGCGUGCAGAGUCGGAACGCCGGAGCGACCGCGCUGAUUCCAGGACAACCACACCGAGGCAUGGCACGACCGUGAGCGGUGGCGCCAGCGCCGGUGGAUGGCACAGCGAAGGAGUGCCCAUCGAUUCCAUCCGCCCGGGCGACCGGAUGCCGGGCAUCGUCACCAAUGCAGCCCCCUAUGGUGCCUUUGUGGACGUGGGUGCCGAACGCAAUGCCAAGCUGAUCGUGGAGCAAAGACUGCAACGACGCUUCCAGAUUGGCGACCGCCUGGAUUGUGUGGUCAAGGAGGUGGACUUUGAGAAGCGACGCUUUUGCGUCACCUUGCUGGACGCUGACCUCGAGCUUGCGGAGAACCGGAUACCGCUGGAGGAGCUGGCAGAGGGUGAUUUGGUGGAUGGCAUCAUUGAUCACACGAAUCCCUAUGGCAUUUGGGUCAAUGUGGGUGCAGAGGUCAUCGGACGGCUGAACGUCGCGCGAAGGUAUACCAAUCACCUCGUGGCUGGUCAAUGCAUCCGUGACAUCGUCAUCCAAAGACUCGACCUGAAGCAGACGAAGCUGGGCUUGACCUUGAAUGACCCGGAGGUCUUGUUGCGGGAGACGGUGAUGAUCAGCGAUUUGCUCCGUGGGAGCAAGACAGCUGCGGAGCCUUCGGUUCCCAGCGCUACUGCACCGCUGCGUGGCAGCGCUGCACGCAGCCAGUCCGUGCCGCCGGAACGGGCGGAACGGGCGGAACGGGCGCCGGCGCCAGCGUUUGAGCCGCGACCGGGGGUGCCAAAGGCACUGGCGAGGGAGGGUGACUGGAAAUUGCCAGAGCCGCUCGAAAGGGCUCGGGGAGACACCUCAGCGACUCCUUUGCGCGUGGGACACUUCGUGGACGGCAUCGUUGUGGACGCGUCAUCCAGCGUGGUGAUGGUGGACAUCGGUCUUGGGCACCUGGCUGCUUUGGCUGUGGCUCCUUCCAUCCGCGCUCAGUUGCAGCGAGAGGAUGAGAUUCAAGGCAUGCGUGUGGAGCGCGUCGACUGGGACGAAGAGCGGCAGAAAGGUGCCGUGGUGCUAUCCCUGGAAGACCCCGAGCUCACGGGCGACAGCCGCGACAGCCUUCCGAGCCUUCCGUCCGACUCGCCGAGGUGGUACAGCAAAUGGCAUGGAUGGAACGAUGGCUGGUCUUGGAGUUCCUGGAACUGGGACUGGGAUUGGCGCAACAAAAACAGCUGGUACCAGGCAGAUAGCUGGUGGCGCUGACCAAAAAAAGA